GAGACUUCUAGAAAUAGCGGUGCCCUUCAGUGCUUCUGGAGUUUUUCUCACGUCCCAAGUUUCCGCAUGUGAGAGCUUGUGCACUCAGUCCGCGAGCGUACUCAUUCAUACUGGAUACAUUGAACCGUCUGUCAUAGCAACGCAGGAUAAUCAUAGAAAAUGGAGUGUCGUGUGUUAUCUAUCCAGAGUCACGUUGUCAGGGGUUACGUCGGGAAUAAAUCUGCUACGUUUCCAUUGCAGGUGUUGGGGUUUGAGGUGGACUCCAUCAACUCUGUGCAGUUCUCCAAUCACACAGGUUAUGCCCACUGGAAGGGCCAGGUGUUGGCAGCAGAAGAACUGAAUGUUCUGUAUGAAGGAAUCAAACUCAACAACGUCAACCACUAUGACUAUGUCCUCACAGGGUAUACCAGGGACACCUCCUUCCUGGAGAUGGUGGUGGACAUCAUUCAGGAGCUGAAAAAAACCAACCCUAGCCUGGUGUAUGUGUGCGAUCCAGUGAUGGGAGAUCAGGGUACAAUGUAUGUCCCAGAGGUCCUGCUGCCCAUCUACAGGGAGAAGGUCGUCUCUGUGGCUGACAUCCUCACCCCCAACCAGUUUGAGGCAGAGCUGUUGACUGGCAGAAAGAUCCACACACAGAAAGAUGCGGUCGAGGUGAUGGACCUGCUCCACCAGAUGGGCCCUGACACGGUGGUCCUGACCAGUACAGACCUGACCUCCCACCAUGGGGACCAUUUUCUGGUGGCCCUCGGGAGCCAGAAGACGGUGCACCCAGACGGGACUUCAUCCACCCAGAAAAUCCGUGUGGAGAUCCCCAAGGUGGAUGCUGUGUUUGUGGGGACUGGAGACCUGUUUGCUGCCAUGCUGCUGGCCUGGACACACCACCACCCUAAUGACCUGAAGACUGCCUGUGAGAAGACCGUCUCAGUCAUGCAUCAUGUCAUUCAGAGGACCUUUACCUACGCCAAAGAGAUGGCUGGUCCUGGGAGAAGGCCCAGUCCGGCCCAGCUGGAGCUGAGAAUGGUCCAGAGCAAGGCUGACAUUGAGAAGCCCGACAUUGUUGUUGAGGCCACCAUCUUAUAACACCGCAGCCCAUAGACAACCCUGCACUAAUAUGUAGGAUUUACUAUUAUGGACUAUCAUGUGUAAUUGCCUUAUAUGAUUUCUUAGAGAGCACAAUGUAAUCAUGACUGAUGUUGGGGGGGGGGUUGUUUCCCUACUCACAAUCUUGUCACUGCCAUAUCAGUGCCUGGAGUUGGAACCCGAGUCAUAAUCACAUGCCUUUUAAAAAUUAGAAGCCCAAUUAGCCAACUUAGUCGGGCCGAAGAACAGAGAAUAGACUGAAAACAAAGACUGCCUCAAAGAGUCAGUGGAAUAUCAGGAGUGUGUGAAAAGUAUGUGUGAAAAUCUGUGAAACCACAAGGGUGAAGAUAUUGGGCUUCAGUUUGGAAUAGCAAGUCUUUAUUGCUUUAAGGUGGGGCUCUCCAAGGGCUCACUCAACCCCUAAUUUAGCACACCAGAUUCUAAUAAUUAGCUAGUUGAAUCAGGUUGGCUACUAGGGGUUGGAACAAGAUCUUUCCAGGAACAGGGUUGGAGAGCCCUACUUUAAGGUGGCCAGUUUAAAUAUGAGAUGCAUUGGCAGUGAACAGUGUAUCAAAUUGUGUUGUCAUCAUGAAACAUCUUAUGGGGUACUAAUCUGAGCACAUUUCUCAAAUUAAAUAUAUUUUAAUUGAUUUUAUUUUCGACAAUAUACUUACACAUAGUAUAGUCUGUAGACAUUUUCACGAUUGUUUUAAUUUUCAUUUUGUGAACAGUUCUUAAUUGUGUUUUAUCCCUGUACUUUAAAUGUUACAUUUCUUAAAAUAUUCUAACAUUUACUGUAAUUAAUGUCUUACAUUUCAACUGAGAUCUAUAUUUGCACGUUAUCUUGAAUACACUUUUUUAAUUAAUUCUAAUCAUUGAUUACUUUUCAUGAGAUGGUUUUGUGUCCAUGAUCAUGUCUGUGGGACAGGCUUAUGUAGGUACGACAGAAUCACAUAAUAUGACCUUAGUGGGGUUGGCCAGUGGAACAUUAGAUGUCAAAUGCCUUUGUGUAGAUCAUUACUCAUGUUAGAACGUUAAGUGCCAAACCUUAACCUGCUGCUCUGAACUGGAAUGAUAAUAAAUAAAGAUUGAUCAUAAAAUAUUA